GGGCUGAGGCGGUGGCCAUCUUGGAUUUAAAGGGGCUGCGCCGCUGAGAGGGCGGGUGGUGCCGGCCGCGGGUCUCGCCCCGCCCCCGCCGGGACCGGGACAGCGACCGGGACCGCCAUCGAGGUCUUGCGCCCAGCAGGGCUGCAGGAGUAGGACUAUGUCCACCAUGGUGUACCCAAGGGAGGAGAAACUGGACAAGCUGAGCCAAGAGGAGAUAAUUUCCAACACCAAGCUGGUAAUGCAAGGGCUGGAAGCACUAAAGAAUGAACACAACUCCAUCCUGCACAGCUUGCUGGAGACCAUCAAGUGCCUGAAGAAGGAUGAAGAAGCCAAUCUCGUGCAUGAGAAAUCCAACCUGCUCCGCAAGUCAGUGGAGAUGAUAGAACUGGGGCUUGGAGAAGCUCAGGUGAUGAUGGCAUUGUCCAACCAUCUGAACGCCGUGGAGUCAGAGAAGCAGAAGCUGCGUGCUCAGGUGCGAAGACUGUGCCAGGAGAACCAGUGGCUGCGUGAUGAGCUUGCCAACACCCAGCAGAAGCUGCAGCGUAGUGAACAGACCGUGGCUCAGUUGGAGGAGGAGAAGAAACACCUUGAGUUCAUGAACCAGCUGAAGAAGUAUGAUGAGGAUGUCUCACCUUCGGAGGAGAAGGAGGGUGACUCCACCAAGGACUCUCUGGAUGACCUAUUCCCAAAUGAGGAAGAGGAGCAUGGUCCUGGAUUGCCCCACCAGCACAGCAGUGCCGUGGCAGCUGCCCAGCAGGGAGGGUAUGAGAUUCCUGCACGCUUGCGCACCCUCCACAACCUUGUCAUCCAGUACGCCUCCCAGGGACGCUAUGAGGUGGCUGUGCCACUCUGCAAGCAGGCACUGGAGGACCUGGAGAAGACAUCAGGCCAUGAUCACCCUGAUGUGGCUACCAUGCUCAACAUUCUAGCACUAGUGUACAGGGAUCAGAACAAAUACAAAGAAGCAGCACACCUCUUGAAUGAUGCUCUUUCCAUCCGUGAGAAGACUCUAGGCAAAGACCACCCAGCGGUGGCCGCGACUUUGAACAAUUUGGCUGUUCUGUAUGGCAAGAGAGGGAAGUACAAAGAAGCAGAACCACUGUGCAAGCGAGCCCUGGAGAUCCGUGAGAAGGUUCUAGGCAAAGACCAUCCUGAUGUGGCCAAGCAGCUGAACAACCUAGCCCUGUUGUGCCAGAACCAGGGCAAGUACGAUGAGGUGGAGUACUAUUACUGCCGGGCCCUGGAGAUCUACGAGAGCUGCCUGGGUCCUGACGAUCCCAAUGUGGCCAAGACCAAGAACAACCUGGCUUCCUGUUACCUGAAGCAAGGCAAAUACAAAGAUGCAGAGGUGCUGUAUAAGGAGAUCCUUACCCGUGCUCACGUGAAGGAGUUUGGCUCUGUGGAUGAUGAGCACAAGCCAAUCUGGAUGCAUGCAGAGGAGAGAGAAGAGAUGAGCAAGAGCAAGCACAGAGACAGUGCUCCCUAUGCUGAGUAUGGUGGCUGGUACAAGGCCUGUAAGGUUAGCAGCCCAACUGUGAACACCACUCUGAGGAACCUGGGUGCGCUGUACCGGCGCCAGGGCAAGCUGGAGGCAGCUGAGACCUUGGAGGAGUGCGCGGUUCGCUCCCGGCGACAGGGCAUUGACCCAAUCAACCAGACGAAGGUGGUGGAGAUCCUGAAGGAAGGGGAUGGCACAGAGAGACAUCGGAGCCUGGGGGGCAGUGUCAAGUACGAGAAUGCCACAGACGGUAGCGAGGAAGUGAGUAUGGGCGUGGAAUGGAGCGGGGCUUAAAUGCCUCCCGAGACUCCCUCUUUCCCCUCCACCGCAGUCACCUGGAUGUUUGUGUUGUAUCUUCCGACUUUUCCUCCACACCAUCCCUCCUUCCUCGGCGAGAGCUCCACGCCAGUCCCCCAACCCUCCUGGCGCGCGAGGGCACCGCGACGCCUGCAGAGGAGUGCCCGGCCCUGUGGCCCAGCUCCAGUCCCGUGGCCAGCAAGAGCAGGAAGAAUCUGCGAGGAGCUGCCAGCUCCCACAGGCCAGGGUGACGGGCCACCGUCCCCUCACGUGCCCCCACCCCUGGCCUGCCCUUGCACAUCCCUGGGGCCCAGGCCUGCGGGGGAUUGUCUUCACUCCAGGCUUCACUCCAUUGUCACUAGACGUCCUCAGCCCUCCUAGCUUGUUCCCUCCAUCUCUUCAGAGGUUUGAAGAUGGAGGGCUGUUAUGGGACAGUGCGGCCUGGCCUAGGCAGGGCUGUCAUGUGCCCAGUUGCUUUCUUUCCUGUAGGCUUAGCUGAUAUUAGUGCCUUGUAGCAAACCUGUGCUGGUUCCCAGUGAGAUGGGCUCUCCCUGCAGCACAGGGCAGUCCCCAUCUUGCUACCCUCCUCCCUGCUGAGCUCUGUAACCCAAGAGUAGUGUGUGGGUCUCUCUGCAGGGCACCCCAUAGAGCUACUGUGCAUCCAAGAUGGGGGGGGGGGCAACAGCCAAGGACUAUGUACAGGAACUGGCCAGCACAAGCGUGUUUGGCUGCAACUUCCUGACUGGAUGCUGUAGCCAGGCUUCUCAUCUGGCAUUAAGGGCUGAAGCAAACCCCCAUUGCUACAGGGUUCUUAGGUGUGGCUGGUGGGAGAAGUGGGAGUGAAGUUGCUUUGCUGUUCCUUGAAAGCAGAGGAGGGGUAGGAGGAAAGCAGAGUUUUUUUGCAAGGGGUGGACCCCAGACCAUUAGAAGUGGUUGAGAUGGGGAAUGGCCUGGAUUGGAGCAGAGUGAUUGGGAGAAAAAGAAGGUGCAAAGAUGUAUGUGAGGAAGCAAAGGAAGCUGGAGGUGCUCUGAGCAGGUGGGAGCAGAUGGGAUGGCUGGAGGGAGGUUGUUGCAGGGGGUUGGGGCUGGAUUGCUCACAGGUCUGUGGGGCUGACUGCAGUCUGGCUGUCCCUAGCCAAGUGGUGGGAAAUGUGUAAGCCUGUUACCAACAGGGUCACCGUGCUGACCCUGAGGGGGUGUGGGGGUGGCCUCUGAUGGCUUCAGGCCUUCACAGGGUCUGGUGCUGUUAGUCAUUAUUGGGGCAUAGAAUGUGUCCCAGGGCCAGACCUCCACUGUCUUGGGUCUCACAUCCUUGAGUGUACUCUCAUCCCACCUCCUAUAGGAAGGGAACCUCCCUGGCCCUCCUAUCUGGGAAGAAAGCUGGGGAGGCUGUAGGCAGCAGGAUAGAGCCCAGGGGCCAGCACAGGACUCCUUAUUUAUUUAGCUAGAUCCCUUCUUUAUGCUAGUCAUCUGGCAGGUUGUGAUACUAAAUGUGUUUGUGUCUGUCUGGGCCUGGCUUUCCUGUGGUGGUGCAGAGGCCUUGGGGCACAUGCAUGCUGCUCCCCUGGAGCUUGUGCUUACUGAAAGGAAGCUUGUCCUCAGGACAUGGGGUGUGGAGCCCAGGGCUGAGUGCUGCAGGGCUGUUGUCUCUGUCCCAGUGCUGCUCCAUGCUUCUGGAGAGUGGGGAGUACCAGUGCUGCUCCAUGCUUCUGGAGAAUGGGGAGUUCCCAGUGCAGGGUGUGUUUGGACCUCAGGGCCAUCUGCCCCUGUGCUUUGCCAUGUCCUGGACCUGGUGCUGUAACGACCAUACCUCUAAUUAAAGGUAGACUGACCCAAA